AUGGAUUUUGGGUUCCUGGUGGUUUUUAUCUGGUUCAGAGCUGGUGAUCCCAGCCAAGAGUCCAUUGAUUCCUCCCAUGCUGUGUGUUAUGCUCCCUGGUGUCCAGCUUGUCAGCAGAUUGAAUCCACUUGGGAGAGCUUUGCCAAGGAGAGUGAACGUCUCGGCAUCACUGUUGGGAAGGUGGAUGUCACUCAGGAACCAGGCUUGAGUGGUCGUUUCUUCGUCACGACACUUCCUACAAUUUACCAUGCCAACGACGGAGUGUUCCGCAGGUACCGAGGCUCCCGGACACUGGAAGAUCUUCAAGGCUACAUUUUAGAGAGGAAAUGGGAAGCUGUGGAACCUGUGGCAGGAUGGAAAUCUCCAUCUUCCAUAAUGAUGCACGGAAUGGCAGGGCUGUUCCACUUCUCGGGGUGGAUCAGGCAAAUCCAUAACUACCUCACCGGCACUCUUGGAAUUCAUGUUUGGGUUUCUUAUGCAAUCUUCAUCUUGGCCACUUUACUGAUUGGCCUCUUCCUGGGUUUGAUCCUGGUUUUGAUUUCAGACUGCCUCUGCCCAGCCAGCUCAAAAUACAAAGCUGAAACACCUGAGGAAACCGUCACGAAGGACAACGUGGAGAACGCGGCGCUGGAGGAGCCGGAGGAGCCUACGGAGCCUUCCGCGGACGAAGCGGAAGAGGCUGCGGAUGGGAAGGACCUCUCAGAGGGAGAAGAUGCAGCAAACUCGAGUGCUGAGGACUCCGAGGAGGAUUUGGCGCUUGGGAAAGAAUCAGGGGAAGAAGAAACAGAAGACUUAAGUGAACAACCUCUGACUGAGUCAGAGACCGAGAGCUCAGUGAGGCAGCGCAAAAGUCAGGGGGCCGAGAAGGAACUCUAGUCCUCCGUGGGGGAUUUUGUGCACCUGGACCAAAGAAGUGUCAGACCAGGGUCUGAAGCUGGAGCUUAAACUUGAUUUGUCAUUUGUGUUUACCAAAACCUCUGCUCUGUCAGCAGGCUUGUCUUUUUUUUUUUUUUUUUUUUUUUUUUUUUUAAACUAGGACUCGCUUCCUUUGUUCGCUAAGCACAGAUGCUGUGUAACAAUUAGCCAUGACAAUCAGAACCAGGGGGUCUUAUCUGGUCCUUGUCCUCUAAAGAGAAAAGGGGGUGUGAGCCUCAGUUCACCAGCUGGGGAAUGUCUCUGUGUGUGUGUGUGUGUGUGUGUGUCCCUCCCUGAGCAAGAUCAGGGCUUUUAACUCCACAGUAGCUUGGCAGGACUGUGACUUCUCUGAAUGUUUAUUGUUCCCAAACGCCCCAGGAGCACAGAUAAGGGAUACACUCCCAAAAGAAGGCACCUUACCGGUCUUCUCUCAAAAAUGUUGUGUACAAUGGGUUUGGUUUUAUCACCGUCAACUGAAGCACCUUUCUCACUCAUCUUUGUUCAUGUUGUUGUCCCACAGCACGUCCCCAGAUGUGUCAGUUUUUGGUGAUCCAGAGGCACAGCUCGAGUUCUUUGACCCGAAAAGUUGGAGUCAUUGAAAACCUCAGGCAGAAAGAGAGUGGCAGCUAAAUGUUGAAAACGUCUUGGAACUUUUUAAAAGGUUUAAAGGAAAUUAUUUUGUUCAGGGGGAAUUUUUGCCAAAGCAUCAAAGCAUGACUCUCUCUUUUUUUUUUUUUUUUUUUUUCCUUUUUCCUUGCAAUUUGUUCCCAUCAGGAGAUUGUAGCAAGAAAUACUCACUUUGCAGUCAGUGAGUUGUAUACUUCUUGCCAAUCCAAGCUUGUCAUAUGCAGUGCAGUCCUGCCAUUUCCAACUGGGAGUACUUUUGGCAGAACUGAAGAGGCACGUAGGGGUUUAACCUUUGAUCACUUUUUCUACUUUUUGUCACAGGGAAAAGAGGGGGGCACAGCUGGGUGGUGAGGAGAAGCUGUUAGUUUUGCUACUUAUAUCAGAAUAAAAAUGUGUGUGCUGAAACAUGUACAGUGAAAAUGGCUUGUCAGGUGGGCAGCAUUAGGUUGGUUAGAAGACUUGGGUCACUAGAGAAAUCACUGUAUCACUCCUUUGACUGUUAAUACAUGAGUUUUUUUGGGAAGGAACAUCUACAGUGAGGUCCUGUAUGUUUGUUUUGUUGGUGUUUGACCAUGUGUGUAAGAUGUGUCUUAAUCUUGAUACUAUUUUUAAAAUAUAUAUAUAUAUUGCAUAAGCCUUGCUCACAUGCAUGCAUUUCACCUUGUUCUUCAAGAAUGGAGAGUGAUCAGAGGUGAGAUCAUCUCUCAUUAGAAGAGACAAGCUUGCAAGUGCAAAAUGCUGGUUUCCUUUGAGACUGAGAUUAAUAAGGGCAAUUUGUGUUGAAAGUAAUGUUUUGUUGUUGUGUUUGUUUUGUUUUUUUUUUUUUUAAAUGCUCAUAAAGAACGUAUUUACUAAGAAAGCUUAGCUUUUCCUGUCUAUGUCCUGUCUCAUGUGAUGGUUUAUAACAUCCAUUGCACUAUAAUGACAAGAGUCUGUGUGGGGUGUGCCCCGUGGAAUGAGCCGUUGUGGAAACUCACACAGCAGCUGUUGAAAAGCUAAACUUUUAUAGCCAAAAAUCAAAAAAACCUCCUCUGUGGCCACUGUAGCUUGAAAACCGUGCACUUCAAAGUUGAGAGAACAGAAUUGUUUCCCUUAUGUUUCUUUUUUCUGUUAUCUGUGCAUCAGGAGCUCUGGGAAGUCUGAAAGAAACCCAGGAGUGUGACCAUGUUUCAUGACACGAGCAGGAGCUGGGGUGUGUGUUUUCAGGUACAGGAACUUGCAUAAGCUCAUGUCAGAAUAGACAUAUUCCCUAAAUUGUGGGUCCAAACCUACUGGGCACUGAAAAAUCUCUGGGACUGGAUCCAGUGCAGGUUGAGGGCGGUGGUGCCUUUGCCUGUCCCCAGAGAGGAUGUUCUGUACCCCCGAGGGUCUUGUGGUUCUCAGGGCAGUCUUGUGGUUCUCAGGGCACAGGAGGGAGCGUGUCCAUGUGGAAUUCUGAUUGGAUUUUGCUUCACUUUUGUAUUCUCAUGGUGCCAGUCACCUGAUGUUCUCUCCAGCUGUUUGAAGAGGUUUUGACUUUAAAAGCAGGCAGAGCUGAAGGAAUGGUCCAUAGGGACAGCUGUGCCAGAGGGAGGAGGGACUACCAGGAAUCAUCACUGCAAACUACUUGGAUGAUGUGAACAACUGGAACCAGUACAUGGAUUCAUUCUCUUCAG